AUGUUCGCUCGUCCACGUCAGUGUUUGGCUUUAAAAAAUAAUGAGCGAAUAUGGAAGGAGGAGGUGGUGGGGGAGGUGGAGGGGGCUCUGGGGGGUAAUCCUGCGGCGAUGUGGCAGCAAAUGCUGGAAAUCGCAGAGGCACAGGCGUACGUUGAAGUGGUCCAAGAUAUUCAUAGUCAUCAGCCAUCUGAAACUGGCCACGUCUUGAAAGUGAAGCAAAUCUAA